UCCGUACGUCCACAACACAGAACAGCUGGAUUAGGGCGAAUAAUUACACGCAAUUUACAUUACAUCGGGAAAAGGAGCUCGUGCCGCCUGAAUAGAAAAAUAACAUCCGACACACUGACUAAUUAAGAUGGAGUUUCUCAUUACGGAUAGGUAAUCUGGUCCGGGUUGAAUUAUUCAUCGCAGGUAAACAAGGUCCGAUCUACAGCAGAGUGAUGACAGGAAAUGGUGAUUAAUGGUGUGGGGUAUUGUAGACGAACCCCAUUACCUGCUGUCAGUAUUUAAGCAAACGAGCUCCGCCUGCAUGCGCGCGUGCGUCUGUGCGUAAUAGGGCACGCUUAUGAACAUGAUAUAAACAGGAUAUAUUUACAGCUAAGGAGCCAUUAGUGAUGGGGACAGUGCUGCACGAGAGAGCUAGACAUAAUGACCACAAUCAUCUUCCUACAUGUAAUCACCGGGCAAAGAGGAAAGCUUCAGGAUCUUCUGCCUCAAGUCAGAGGAACUCUCAUCAUGAUGUGGCUCGAAAUGCAGAAAAAGUCCCAGAAAAUGAUGAAUUGGUCCUGGAGAAUGGUUCACAGGCACGAGAGAUGAGGACAAUAUCCACAGCAGCGGUUAUCCAUCCUAGAGAGAUGCUGAACAAGCCAAAGCACAAGCCGUCCUCCGUUAAACAUCCACUGGAACGACGCUACAGACAGAAAGACACGAUGCCACCUCGCCUGCCUCCUGUCCCCGCGCCAAGACACGAGCCGACUGAACAAGUGACACACGAGGACGCGGACAGCGGCAGCGACCUUUCAGACACGGAGAGGCUCGCACAACCUGCGUCCAUCUCUGAUCCUCCGCUGCUUAACCUUCGAGAAGAAGUCAUCGAUCCCUCCGACUUACAACCUUCACGUGCUCCGUCUAGGUCCCAUGCCGUCUCCCGUGACAGCUACCCCGACUUCUUGCCUCCGCCUUUUAACUCCUGGAGUCUCCGAGAGCUGGCGGUGUAUUUAAACACGGACGGUAAAAACGUCCCUCGCUCCAAACCUGGCAACCAGUUCGAGAGAUACUUGGACCGUCUUAUUCAGCUUGAAUGGCGGCAAAUCCUGACGCUCCACGAGGAGAGCAGCAAGUCUUUGUGGCUCGUACGGCGUAGACCACAUUUCAGCCUCAGCGCCCCGAAAAGCAUCCUUCAGUGCCAGCGUGCCUUUCCCUUCACCUUACUGUCAUCUGUUCACCCACAAAUCUGCAACCGUUACCCAGUCUGCACGUACCCUCAGCACACGCACCCGCUGACGGAAAAAAGAGGAGUUUCUAGAAGGAGCAGCAGCGAGACUCGAGCUCAUCGUCUCAACAGACUCAGCGAUUCUUCUUUGGACCAUCUGAAACGCAUGCAGGCCGUCGGGAACAUCCGCAACCCACCAACACACAAUCCUCACGUCAACGGUCCUACAGGUCUAGAUCCUCCGAGGAGAAAGAGCUCAGGGGGACGGAGCCGAUCCUGUGGGGACGAGAGCAAAGACGUCUGUGGAAGAAUGAGACCCGAGAGAAGAACAGAAGCUCGGUGUGUAAUAGAAUCAAAAUCUUUGGACGUCACCAGUUCUGAGAAAGAACCAGCCGCUGGAAGGACCGCUGCGAAACCCAAGCAUGUCGAGUUUAUUUUUCAGGCACAAGAAAUGACAUGAAUGUUCUCAUCCACACACUGUUUAGGAAGAUAUGUGCUUCCUAAGAAUGUUCUAGAAAUCGUUUAUGAUCAUUCCAGCAAUUUUAGUAGAGAUGGAAAUAUAAAAACCAGCAUCUAGAACAUUUAAACCAAGGUUCCUCAGUUUUGGAGAAUGUUUAAAGGUUCAGCAGAGUGUUUGCAUCUUUUUCAAAUAAGAUCUUUUUAAGAAGCUAAAACACCUCUCACUAUAGAAUGAACCUCUUGACCCCAGAGAAAUACAUUUUUUUUAAUACUAAAGGAUGUAUUUCUAAUGAAAUAGAAUGUAUUUUAUGUAAUUAUUCCAUCAGGUUUCUGAUAUGUUCUAGGGUUGGUUAAGGGUUUUUCACUUCAGGUUCAGGUUCAGGUUCUUGGACCAGUCUAAAAGGAAAACCCCUUUGUUUAAGGGUUCAACAUAGAAUCUACUAUUGAAGGUUCCCCUUAAAGGGACAAACAUGCUUUAGGGUUCUAGAUUAUAUUUAAGAAUUUAAAGAUUAAAGAUUCAACUACAUUCACUGUAUUUCUCGAACAAAAUCUGAAGGAAUCA